AUGGGCUGGGCAAUAGCUCUCCACGGAGGUGCGGGGGACAUCCCUCUGUCGCUGCCGCCGGAGCGGAGGGAGCCCCGUGAAGCCGGCCUCCGCCACUGCCUCGACAUCGGCGUCGCCGCCCUCAAGGCCGGCCGCCCGAUUCUCGAUGUCGUCGAGCUCGUGGUACGUCUGACUUUCCCCCUCCCCUCUGCACGCCUCCGUGGAUCCCCUCAUCUCCCUCCCUCCCGUCCGAUUUUACUCCGCCAACUCUGCGAUCCAAUCCAGCCCAUGGUUUCUCCUUGCAUAUUUCUCUGCCAUGGUUUCCAUAAUUUUUUGUGGAUUUUAGGAAGGCGAUCGCGACGACGAUCCAGUCGAGCCGCUCACCUUUCAGCGAGUCUUGGAUCACAUCGUGCUUGUUCUUCUACAGAGAAAUGCGUUGAUUCCUUUUUUCUUUCUAUUUCAAAUUUCCGGCGGACAAAUCCAUUGGAUCCGUUUUUACUGAAUGCUGAUAGAGCUCCUCCUUCGAACUCUGAAAUCGGCCGAGGAUCUGGGUAGAAACGAACCACUUAAAAAUUGUUGGUGAUUCCAUGAAUGGAUCGAGAAAUUUUGAAUACCUUAAUUUUACUUGCAGCUAUUAAAGAUUGCCCAAUUUGGGUUAUAUCUGGGGUUGCUAAUGGGCCGGAAUGUUCAACCCAUAAGAAAAAAUUAGGUCCCGCCCUAUCCUCAUUUGAUUGGGGUUCAAGAUUCGGUGGGGGCUUUUUUUUUUUUUUCCCUUACCACGCAGUCGUCUCACAAACAUCCACGUGGCAUCCACGUCUCACAAAUUUUUACGGGUCCGGCCCGAAGCCCAUUCAUGGGCUUCUCUCCAGAGUUGACUGGUCUGUAGACGUCUAGGCUACCCUUCCUCAAGAAACAAACAAAUAUUUGUGAUUAAUAUAUCUUUUUACAUUCAUAUCUAGAGAAAUUUGGGAUUGAUUUUUGGAAGCAUGAGUAAAUUAUAUUUGUCUUAAUUAAUGCAAAAAUAUGUGAUGAAUAAAUGGGUUGAAACCCUAAUGCCUCUCUGAGGGCAUGGGCAAGUCGAGUUGGCACAGACCGAGGGGUGUGGAGUUGAAAUCCCGUCUUUGCAUCCACAAAAAAUGAGAUUUCUGUGAAGAUUCUUCGCCCUGAAUCUGCAGAAUGAAGAAACUUUGACCCACCAUUGAAUCCACAAGGGCUUGAUCUUGAAUCCAACAAGAUCAAAAGGCUUCUCUAAAUCUACAGGGGGCGUUGGAAUCUACCAGUAGAGAAAGAGAACCUCAGAAGAAGGAGAAAACUUGUAGAGUAGAUUGAAUACCUCUUGGGCUACAGGGGGGAGGGGCCUUUGAAUUGGCUGAAAAUCAGUUAGCUUAAAUAAUGGGUGGUUUUGUUCUUGGGCGCCUGAAAUUUGAAUUUCGGCCCAUUCAAACAAAUUCGAAAUAACUAAAAAUAAGGAACGAAAAUAUUGGAAAAAGAAAUCUGGAUGCAUUGAGAGGAGUUUUAUGAUGGGCCCAAUUUGUCAUUAGGUCAACUUGAGCCAAAAAUAGAUCCAUGUGUGUCUUCAUGCUUCCUGGGUUUCAUCAUAAUUGGGUUUCAAACAGGCUACAUCAUGUGUGGUAAUCAACCAGCCAAUUGCUGAUAUUUUCCCUUCAAUUAUUAUUAAGAAGGUUAAUGUAGGCCCAGGCCUGGCCCAGCUUAGAUUUUUUGGAAUUCGUCCUUAAAAUGGAAAACCUGGGAGAAAUAGAAGGCUUUCAAAGGACAUUGGAUGCUGAUCUCUCUCUCUCUCUCUCUCUCUCUCUCUCUCUCUCUCUCUCUCUCUCUCUCUCCCUCCUCUUACUCCCUCAUAAAGCUCAAGUUUGGAGAUCGUGUCUAGAAUUCAUCUGGGCUAGGGUCGACUGGGCAGAUCAGGAUCCCUACUGUGAACCCAUUACUAGUUUUCUGAUAAAUUUCCAGGUUCCUUGUAUCCGAAGACCACCAGUCCACUCAAAAUGUCUUACUGGUUCAGAUGAUUAAUUUGCAAAUUAGUGCCUUUCUACCUCAUGCAGGUCCGUGAGCUGGAAAAUUGGCCCUAUUUCAAUGCCGGUAGGGGCUCUGUCCUCACCACAGACGGUACGGUGGAGAUGGAGGCUUGCAUCAUGGACGGCGCCACCAUGGACUGCGGAGCUGUCUCUGGGCUCACCACUGUCGUCAAUCCCAUCUCUCUCGCGAGGGUUGUCAUGGAGAAGACGCCACAUAUUUAUCUGGGUUUUGAAGGAGCGGAAGCAUUUGCCAAGGAACAGGUAGGCCUGAUCAUCCUCCAAGUUUUUCCAAAUUUUUGGUCAAAAAGAUUAGGAGGGUUCUUUGUUCUUGAUGAUAGAAUCAACCUUCCUGAUGCUGUUUGACUUGUAAAAUUUCCGUUCAAUGGCUGGGGAACAAGUGGGUCUAAUCCAUUAAAUUAAAUUAUUCAUUUUUCUUGUUGUCCUUGAUGAUAAGUAGAUAAUCAAGCUCCUCAGCUAAUUGAGCUCGUGAAUCACACGAGAUGUCUCUGAUAGGUUACGAUGUUGUUAGACAAAGGGAAGAUCAUUUGCUUAGCAGAGAGGCUCCAACUCAGCUUUUAACCCUAAACCCUAAACCCUAGAAGGAUCUUACCAAUUAAAGUAGAGGUAGAUAAAAAAAUAUUCUUCCUAUUUUUAUUUAUCGCUUCUCUAAUCUCUUCAAUGAGCUUGCCGCUGCUAUUCUAUACUAGUGGAAAUCCCUCACACACAGAUCAAGGUUUGACAUUUUUCAGGGACUCGAAACAGCCGAUCCAAGUCAUUUCAUCACCCCAGAGAACGUUGAAAGAUUGAAACAAGCGAAGGAAGCCAAGGCAGUGCAGGUACUCGUUUUUUUCUCGCAACACGCCACUGCCACUGCCCAUUCAAUUAAUUCCCCGUUCUUCCCAGGUUGAUUAUACAGAACCCUCCAAUGCCGAAAUUGAAAAUGGGGGCCCAUUGAUGGAGAGCAGCGGUGGCACGGUCGGCUGCGUUGCCGCCGAUGGGCUCGGGGGCCUGGCAGCAGCAACCUCCACUGGGGGGCUGGUCAACAAGAUGGCCGGCAGAAUUGGGGACACUCCAGUCAUUGGAGCAGGAACUUAUGCCAACAGUUUCUGUGCUGUCUCUGCCACUGGCAUAGGCGAGGCGAUCAUCAGAGGAACCGUGGCGAGGGAUGUGGCGGCGGUCAUGGAGUUCAGAGGCCUCUCUCUCAAGGAAGCUGCAGCCUUUGUUGUAGAGAGGGGGCCAAAGCGCACCACAGGGCUUGUUGCUGUCUCUGCUGAUGGGGAAGUAGCGAUGCCAUACAACACCAUCGGCAUGUUCAGGGCCUGCGCCACCCAGGAUGGGUAUUCCGAGGUCAGCAUCUGGAACUAA